AAGAGCUUCGACCGAACGCAGGAUCAUGAACCAAUACAACAUGCAGUUGGACCCCGAGGCCGGCAAAGUUGUGGUGCUGAGAGAGUCGAGCAGAAGGGGUUGUUUCUGGCCGGCUCUUUGCGCCGUUGCCAUGCUCAGCUUGGUAGCCGUCAGCUCUUACCUGGUGCUGUGUCAGCUGAGGGGACUCCCGGCUCAGCAGGAUAAAACGCGGGACGCGGAGCUGUCGGAGACGAGUUUUCAGGCUAAAGACAGUCUACAACAGGUCAUGAAACAAGUUGGGUACGCGGAGAGAGCAAAAAUCGCUGCUCACCUCAUCGCAUUAUCCAACAACAGAGGAAAGGAAGUGAUCUGGCAGGAGGACACAGACACCACCCUCGCAAAAGGAGUGGACCUUGAGGGCAACGGCCUGGUCAUCAAGACCCCCGGCCAGUACUUUGUCUACACCCAGGUGGUGUUUCAUGGCAAAGGCUGCCAGGACAAGGCCACCUACCUCAGCCACAACGUCACCUUGCUGUCCGCCAACUACCCAGAGGAAAAUCUGCUCCUGAAGGCCACCAAGUCCAUCUGCCACUAUGGGUCAAACCAACAACACUGGUACAAGACGUCCUACCAGGGUGCCAUCUUCCAGUUUGAGGAGGGCGACCACAUCUUCUCAAAAGUCAGUGAGAAUGUGGUGCACUACGUGGACAGGGCUCAGGGAAAGACCUUCUUUGGAAUAUUCGCCUUGUGAAGAACUCGAUGAAUGGUCGGGAUUUUCAGACUGGAACUCAACAGACACUUAAUGGGGCAUGUUGCCCUAUAGGACAAAAUUUGGACAUUCCAUGCCAUGUUCAUUCUCAGGAUAAGCUAAUAUUCUUUCUGUUUUAAUGCAUGAUAUUUAUUUUAUAUUUAAGUUUAUUGAUCUUAUUGAAACAAGUACUCCUAAGGGAGAGUGUAAGUAGAUAAUCUCAAGAGGCAAUGUGCAAGCAAUUCUGUCUGAUAUUCAGACUGUUUAGCUUGUGAGACCAGUUUCUGCAUAGAAGCAUAUCUGGGACAUCUACGUGGGUCCUCAAUGGUUAAUGCUAGUAAAGGAGCAGCCAAACUCCCCAUAACUUGUUUACCAAAUUGCCAACAUAUUGGGUCAUCUCUUUUGAAAAAAGAUGUAACUAUUCUGCACUGUGAUUAUCACCAAACCAACUAAAAGUAAUUUAUUCUACACUCAUCGUGACUCAGAUUCCUACACAAGAGUAGAUCACAGUGAGUAAGUUGGCCUGUUUUGCACUUCUGGGUCUUUCUGAGUGGUAUGUGAUCUGCUUGUCUCUUACUGUAUGUUGAAUGUUGUGAGUACUUCCUGGGCAGUUUCAGUGAUAAUGUCACAUUGUCUCACAAAUCUGAGGCACUGCUCACUAAUCUGCUGGCAGAGUUUCCAGAGAAAAACAGUUCAGAUUCAUCCAGGGGAAUUUCCACCCAAAGCACUCCACUGUUAUAUAUUAUAGGCAUCUGUUAGUCUCGCGAGACCAUGGAUUUGCACCUUGGAAGGUUUCCAGGGUGCAGGUCCUGGGCAAGGUUGUAUGGAAGACCGGCAGUUGCCCAUGCUGCAAGUCUCCCCUCUCCAUGCCACCGAUGUUGUCCAAGGGAAGGGCAUUAGGGCUGAUACAGCUUGGCACUGGUGUUGUUGCAGAGCAGUAUGUGGUUAAGUGCCUUGCUCAAGGACACAACAUGCUGUCUCAGCUGAGGCUCGAACUAGCGACCUUCAGAUCACUAGACUGAUGCCUUAACCACUUGGCCACGUGCCACACUGUUAUAUAUUAACUGUGGCAGAAUAUAGGAUUUAUAUUAAAAUGAAAUUACAUCUGUUUUAAGGAUGUCCAUAAAUGUUAAUAUUUUUCUUACUGUUUCAUGCUUGUUUAAUUUAUUACUCUUUGAUAUUUAUUAAUUGAAUUAUUUAUUAUUUAUAUUAUUCAUUGUCUGACUGAAUGACAAUUAAUAAAAGUAACUUA